CUUACAGAGAAUGCAUGGAUAAUGGGACGUGGGCGUUGAAGAGCAAUUACUCCAAUUGUGAGCCCAUUUUGGAGGAGAAGAGAAAAUAUCCGAUGCAUUAUAAAAUAGCACUCAUCAUCAACUACUUAGGCCACUGUAUCUCUGUGGGAGCUCUAGUCGUGGCCUUCAUUCUCUUCUUGUGCUUAAGGAGCAUACGAUGUCUCCGAAACAUCAUCCACUGGAACCUAAUCACCACCUUCAUCCUGAGGAAUGUGAUGUGGUUUCUGCUUCAGCUUAUUGACCACAAUAUCCACGAGAGCAACGAGCCCUGGUGCCGAUUAAUCACAACAAUAUACAACUACUUUGUAGUGACGAACUUCUUCUGGAUGUUUGUUGAAGGAUGUUACCUCCACACGGCGAUUGUAAUGACUUACUCCACUGAUAAGCUCAGAAAGUGGGUCUUCCUUUUCAUCGGCUGGUGUAUCCCAUUUCCGAUAAUAGUUGCCUGGGCCAUAGGGAAGUUGUAUUAUGAAAAUGAACAAUGUUGGUUUGGAAAAGAACCUGGAAAAUAUAUGGACUACAUUUACCAGGGACCUGUUAUUCUUGUGCUACUGAUUAACUUUGUUUUUCUCUUCAACAUCGUCAGAAUUCUUAUGACCAAACUCAGAGCUUCAACCACAUCGGAAACAAUACAGUACAGGAAAGCUGUGAAAGCAACACUGGUCCUCUUACCCCUGCUGGGCAUCACCUACAUGCUGUUCUUUGUGAAUCCGGGGGAAGACGACAUCUCACAAAUAGUCUUCAUCUAUUUUAACUCAUUUUUGCAGUCUUUUCAGGGCUUCUUUGUGUCAGUGUUUUACUGCUUCCUAAAUGGAGAGGUACGCUCGGCAGUGAGGAAACGAUGGCACCGCUGGCAAGACAACCACGCCCUGCGAGUGCGAGUGGCCCGAGCCAUGUCCAUCCCCACAUCUCCAACCAGGAUCAGCUUCCACAGCAUCAAACAGACCACGGCUGUGUGACCAGAGGAAGAGCACAUCAUCUCCUAUAACACAUCCAACAGAACAGACUUCAUGUUCUACAGAAACACCUACAGAACAUACUCAUUCCUCUUAAAAGACCAAGUUAUGUCUGAUAUGAGCAAAGACGGACAUUUCUGUUGUUUGUGGAAAAAAAAUAGCAUAGGAAGGUACUACACAUGAAGUGUAAUUGGAGGAAAAAAGGUUGCAGGAGGUUGUAUCUCCUAGAACAUACGGUACAUGAGGUGUAAGGUUUGAGUUUUCCUGAAGAUUAGAGUAUCUGACAUAAAUAUGACUUCAUCAUCAGACUGCCAGAGUGAGUCUUAUCGUCUGAUCUCUCGGUGUGUUGUCAUUGCUGCUGUCAUCUUUCAGCCUGCUGGUUUUUUAUGGAGUAAGAUUAUUCUACAAGAUUUGCUGCAGGAUACUUUUAACAGCUCACACAACUGUAAGCACCUGCUUCAUUCUCACAUAGUGGGUGGGCCACGAGGAAUUUCUUGCAGUGUAAUUAGAAGCGUCAACCAAGAUGCACUCAAAAUGUUGCCCCAAAAAAAAGAGCCAUUUGUGUGUUGUGAAUACUGAAAUGCUUUUUGAGUAAAAUGGUCUGUCUUUUCAACAGCUGCUUUUGACAGGGACAGUAGAGAGGCUCUGGGGGAUAGGGCAUUUAACCUGAAACAAAAAAUUCAAAAGAGACUCUGCUGUUUCUUGCCAAAAGGGAUGAAAAGUUAUUUUACAUGGAGUGUUUUUCACCCCACCUGUGGUGGCACAUUUUGUUCAAAUUCAUUGAAAUUACUACUUUUUUACAUCCACCCAGUCAUUCCAGUCCUCAGAGAAGUCUGACUUCCCUCCUUUCAUUGUGUGUACUUUUACACAUAUUGAGUUGAAUUUUUUUUGUCAAGUAUUGUACGAUUGUUAACAUUUUUUUAAUACUCUCUGGUCCAGGUAAUUGUUUCCCUCAUUAUUAUUUGCUUCCCCCUUUGCUGUCUUUGUUUUUGUCUUCUCAGAGAAGUGAGGGUGUGAUCAUACAGAGCUAUUUAAGCAGAUAGGUUUGAACUCCCCCGAGGCUUAUGGGUGAGCAGGCCUACAUUAGAGGCGAGUAAAGAUACAGCACUCUUUCAUUACUGAGUCAUUUAUGUCAUUUGUGUGUAAUGUAUAUGUGUAUUGGAAGUGCAGGUAAAGUGGAAAAGAUGAAUUAUUUUGGCUUUAUCUUGGUGUUUUUUAAUGAGUAUCAAAACAAAGCUGCUGUUUCAAGAGAAAAGAAACUUGAUGAGUGGGCACCAAUUUCCUCUGAUGCCAACUCUUUCAUCUGCUCAGGCUGCUCACACAAUUGCAGGGACAACAACAACCAUCUAUCUGCAAUCUCAAAACCACUUGUCUUUUGUGCUAAAACAUGCAGAAGGAUCGCGAUAAAGGAUGAAAAAAAGGAUAUAUUGAGUUACAUGAGAAGUUUGAUACUUCUCUCAUGUAUGUGCAUCAUUUAGCAGUUGGCAGUAGCAACUAGUCAAUUAGCUUAGCAUAACAUAAAGUCUGGAAGCACAGGAAAAGCUUGGCUCAGUCCACAUUUCUCCCAUCCAAGAAAUAGUUUUUGGCACAUAACCACUAAAAUAUAAAGAAUGUUUAGUAGUACACUUUGGUUAUUGAAUGGGUUUUAACAUUGAACAUGUUGAAAUAUGAGCAUUAGAGUUAUUGGUGGAUAUAUGUUGUUAAGAUGCUGUUUCUCAUGUUUCUAGUCUUUGUGCUAAACUAAGCCAGCAGACAGCUUGCAGUAUUUUUAUUUUUAACAGUCAUGACAGAAGAUCUUCUCAUCUGACAUUAAAACAAGAAACAGCGUCAAACUUUUUUUGGGAAAAAUUAUCCAUUUUCAGCUUGUUUUAUUUGGUUUAUUUUUUCUUUUAAGUUAAAUCUAUGGGUUACUUAUUUGUGAUUCUAUGUCAGGAUUAAAAUACACUGGAUCUGUUCUGUGGUUUUGGAUUUUAAAGAUAAAAGAGAAUCUCUACUGAAUUGUGACCAAAUGUGUUUAAUGUUGUUAUGUAUAAAACAUGUUGUCUGUCCUUGUUGUACUUUGUAUUUUCUGUUACAUUAUAGAAGACAUUUACAGUUUCGGUAAACAGCUGCCCUUCUGGACUGACAAAAGCCUUUUUUUUGUUUCAAAUGUCGAUCAUCCAAAGGGAUUCUAUUGUAAAUAUUUGAUCCUGUUUUAUAAACCAACAUUUCUGUUUUCCCAAUCACAACUUCUGCGGGUGUAACACAGAGCGCCUCCCCAUGAUCGAAUAAAUGUGAAAUAUGUUUUGACAAAAACAAAAAAAAAACAGAUCAUCUACUCAAAUUCACCAAAGAGACAAAUCAUGUUUACCAGCAUCCAGAAUUUUAUUCUCCCCACAUUACAAAAGUUGUCACUGCCCUUAGUAGACCAAAUCGUAUGUUUAUUUGAUUUUUACUCCAUUUACUGUACACAAUUUCAUGUAUUCAAUGCUGUGUGACAUCAGAGUUGUCAUUCAUCACUGUACCUGGAUACAUCUGACCAACUGAUUAUGUGGGAAACUACAUGUCCAACCACCUAUGUUGCCUUACAAGUGAAAAAAAUGCAUUCUAUAUGUCAAAAGUAAGCUAAUGUUACUGUAAAUAACGUUUCAUUGUGUUAUUGAUAUACAUUUGUACAUGCACAUGUGAAAGGAAAAAAUGUUAAUUUGAUUAAAAACUAUUACUCUUA